GUACUCCUGUUCUUUUCGCAGAUACAGUUUGCGUGUUUAAUAUGAAGGGUUUCAUGGUGGAAAUCCACACACAUUUCAGGAACUCCUUCCUACUGCAGCUUCCAUUUUCCACCAGACCCUGUAAUAGCUCCUGGUACAAGUAGCAACAAACAAAAACAGAACAUCCCAACCACAGCAAUCAAACCACCAUGCACUGAGUCAGACACUUCCCCCUUAGUCUUUUAAGAGGGAAGUGAGAUAAGAAGAAGCCUUGCAGUGAAAGAACUAGUUAGAGAGGCUGUUUCAUUGCAAACGCCUACAGGAGAAACCCGGACCCGGUGCUUCCCAGGAACACAAAAGAAGGAUUUUCCUGGAGAGAGACUCACCUGGAAUCGACGUCCCACCGGGCAGUGGGCAGAGGCAGAGCAAUGAGGAUUUUCCCCAUUCUGGGUUGGAUGCUUUUCCCAGGCUGCUGGGCCGUGACGGCCCCCAAAGCAGUGCGCGGCCCCGCGGGCGGGUCGGUGGCUGUGUGGUGCCAGUACCGGGAGGGCUUUGAGGAUAAUCCGAAGUUCUGGUGCCAGAAAGGAGGUUUGGUAGCAGUCUGGAGCUGUUCCAACGGUCACAUCGUAGAGACCGACGGGUCGGAGGUGGAGGUGACGCGGGGCAGAGUCUCCAUCCGAGACAAUCGCACCCAGCGCGCGUUCACCGUGACCGUGGAGAACCUGACACUGGCAGACGCCGGCACGUACCUCUGCGGGGUGGGGAAGAGGUGGGAUUUUGAUCCCACGGCCACUGUGGAACUCACCGUCUCCCCAGCUACCACUUCCCCUCCCCCAACAAUAAGGUCAUCAUCACCGACAGUGCAACCAGCUUCUUCUUCCCCCUCAAUAUCUAGUUCCCUCUGGACAACUGCUGAGGAAGGGAAAUCCAGCUUCUCCACUAACCAAGAUCCCGCUGCCUCUGAGGACCGAGCCCCAGACCCAGACAUCCUCCUCCACAUCCUGCUACCAUGCGUCCUGCUGGUUCUCAUUUUGUUUCUGCUCGCUGCUGUGAUGUUGGUGAGAGUGUCCAAGAAGAGGAAAAAAGAGCUUUCAGAAGCAUCUGUGCAGAGGGACAAGAACAUCAACCUGUCAAAUUUGCAGCCCAUCUAUGCCAACGUGGAGCAGCGCCCCAAGACAACACGCCCAGCCAAGCCCCCUGAGGAAACCCUGUACAGCCUUGUGAAGCAGCCGCCCAAACACUAA